AUGAUCCGCUUCCUACAAACAAACAUUGACGUAGCCAUUGUGAGCGAACCGUAUGCGAAAACAAUAGUAAAGAACCCAAACUGGAUUCUUGAUCUAACAGGCAGAGCAGCAAUUGGAAUUCUUAACAACUCCCACAUGGUGAGCGGAAUUGAACGAGAACGUGGCUAUGUAGUGGUCACAAUAAAUUUAACAGUAAUAUACAGCUACUACGCAUCACCCAACGCACCAAUUACAGCAUUUAAAGGACUACUAUACGAGAUCGAGCAUAGUGCUCGUGUGAAGAAAGAGGCAACAAUCAUAGCAGGUGAUUUUAAUGCAAGGGCCGCAGCGUGGAUGGACACGGCAGCAGACACAAGAGGAGAAGAACUCAUGUCUCUGAUAGACACUCUCAACCUAGAGAUAGCAAACACGGGAAGUGAACCCACCUUUGUUGAAAAAGGAAAAGGUUCCAUCAUUGAUGUUUCCCUGGCAUCGGGAACGCUAAUACAGAAGAUACAGAACUGGGAAGUGCUACAUGACGAAAAUAUGAUUGACCAUCGCUAUAUCACGUUUUGGCUCGAAAACCCGAUAGGACAACACGAAGCACCAAAACCAACUAGCCAUAGGGGAUGGGCCAUAACGCGCAUUGAUCCGGACCUACUAGCGGCUGGGCUGCUCCUUGCAGAAUCGACGAGGAAAUGCMACCCAACGAACCUAGGGCCAGAAGAAACUGCAAUGGAGCUCGAAAGAGGUAUCACGCUGACAAGCGAUAUUGCCCUUAAGCGGAAGAAAGCUCCGCCACCGGGGAAAAAACCAGUCCCUUGGUGGAAUGAUGAAAUCGCCACGGCCAGAAAGGAAUGUGUCAAAGCUAGGAGGAAAUUAACCAGAGCACGAAGGACCUAA